AUGACGAGGAAAGACCCACUGCUGACUUACACCCGGAACGUGGUAAACUUGAGUGAUUUCGAUAACGCCGAAAUCAGACGGGCAGUCCUGCCGCGUACAGAGAGCGACUAUGAGCGCGCACUAAGCAUCUUUGAUAAAUUUCUUGAGCUGCACCCCGACGCCAAAAACCCCCCGGACCUCCAGACCUGCAAAGGCUUCCUCGUGUGGGCUGCUAAGGGGAAACAUGGCCGAAUCGAGGCUUUGCCCACUGUGGAAACCAUUCAGGGAUUCCGGAGGGACUUUCAGGCCGGGAUGUUACAUAUACGAGAUGUCGAAUUUUCCAAGGAGUUUUCCACCACACUUAAAGAGUUCGUUAUCAAAGGGCUGCGGGAGAAAGUCCCAAUUUCCACCGCUGAAAUGGACCAUGGUGGGCUUUCACCCAACGAUAUCAUCAUCCUCUUGACACAGCUCUGGUGUCGAGACAGCCACUAG